UCGCACCUGACAGUGGCGAAUACAAGUGUGUUGCCACGAACUCGAAGGGUACUGCUGAAACGAUUGGAAAGAUCGUGGUAGAAUCGCUUACGCAAGUUGACGCCCCACAAGUCGUCCAACCGCUCGUUGAGAAAAUCGAUAACACUCUGGAAGGCGAUUCUAUCCAUCUGGAAUGUCGCGUUACUCCCAUCAACGAUCCUCAACUCAAGGUGCAAUGGUGCCGCAAUGGUGCACCCUUACCCGAGGCCAGCAGGUUCAAGCCCACGUUCGAAUUCGGUUUCUGUUCCUUGGAUAUCCUCUAUGCUUAUCCGGAAGACAACGGUGUGUACGAGCUCGUCGUCACCAACGACAAAGGCGAAGCCCGUACCAAGUCCCAGAUUACGGUUCUACCUCGACCAGCACUCGAUUACUCAUCUCAAACUCACCGCAGCGCUCUAGACAACCUCGAGUCGCACUUCCGACAGUACUCAACUAUGGGUAUCGAACUCACUCCUGGCGACAUGUAUGAUGAAGCUAAGAAAGAAGCACCAGUGUUCAAGGCACCACUGCAGAACAUUGGUGUGGCUGAAGGAGAAUUCUGCCGAUUUGAGACUCAACUUGCUCCGAUUAAUGAUCCAUACAUGAAGAUUGAGUGGUUCAAGGACAAGAAACCUGUACUACUUGGUAAGUACCAACUAAGAUCCUUGUGA